AUGGCCUCUAAGAGAAGCUCGCGAAUAUAUGUGGACGAGGAAGUCCACAAGGACGACGCCAACCAAAAACAGACAUCCUCCGCUUAUAUUUCCCGGCGAAGUUCUCGCAACUCGCUCAAAGACGACGCAUUCCAGGCUACUGAGGACAUGGAAGAAGGUCUGCGACAAGGAACCAUAAACUGGGAACUCCAAGCUAGCUCUUCACGGUCACACAGCCUUGUCUCCAACGCCAAAGAAGCGCCUGCUCCAAGUACGUCAAGUAGACAUUCGGAAAUCUCUGGUAUGGCACAACCCGAAAAAUCCCCAUCUUAUCUUCCGGUGCCUCCACUAACAAGCCGCCUAGUAGGGACAUCAAUGUCAUCUUCGUCCACAUCUUCAUUGUCUGAUUCUUCUGAUUUCCCUACACCAAGCUCCAAUGGUCGUCCCAUCAAUUUUGGGGCCGUCAUUCCUGGAGUAUACCGAAGCAGCUAUCCAAAACCCGAGGACUACGACUUCCUAAGAAAUUUAGGGUUGAAGACAGUAGUAACCUUGGUCAAAAAGGAUGAGCUUGACCACGACUUGGAAUCAUUUGUAACCUCCAACGGCAUUCAUCAAGUCAUUUUCAACAUGAAAGGGACAAAGAAAGAGUCCAUUCCCAUGAGCACAAUGCGAUCAAUUCUUGAGCUCGUGCUGGAUCGGAAGAAUUACCCGUUAAUGAUUCACUGUAAUCAUGGCAAGCACCGAACAGGCUGCGUUGUAGCCGCAAUUCGCAAACUUUCCGGCUGGCAGCUAAAUGCUGUCAUUGACGAAUACAAGGCGUAUGCGGAACCAAAAGUCCGUGAGUGCGACGUUGAAUACAUCAGCACAUUCCAAUGCGCGCCUCUACAAAGCUUGUACAACCUAUAUGGAGAGCCCGCCAGGGUCAGCCCGAUACACCUGCGGACAUUUUUUCGGACCGUUCUCUUCUCGACUUUUGUGAUGGCAGUUUGGCUGAUUUCUGGGUCACACAUUACCAUGGGCCACGACGAUUCGGCCGUGUAA